CCCGGCCUCAUCUGGAUGAUGCAAUUGAUUCCAUUGCGGCUAUACACAGAUUUGUCAAAGACCCUCAGGCAAAUCUUCCAAAUUAGUACUUCCGACCAAUCACGCAACUCCAGGACAACUUGAACCUCCCAUCAACAUCAACAUCAACAGAGUCGAGACUCAGCAAUACCGCCUUUGAUGCGCUUUGUGCCGACUCUCUCACGCUUCAUCUUUACCCUCUCCAAUCUCGCUCGUGUGAAAUCCCCGCUUCGGAUUCGACAGCCCGCUCUGCAGCCGCUUCGCCUGCAAUCUAUGUCCAGCAUUCCCUUCCUGAGCGCGCUCUUUGGUUCAUCGUCUAAACCAUCAUCCAACAUGACUUAUCCCGACCAGCGAAGUGAAGAGGAAUGGCGCGCCAUUCUCAACCUAACACAAUUUCGAAUCCUCAGAGAAAAGGGAACUGAAGCUCCCGGCACCGGAGAGUAUGACAAGCACUACCCCAAGGAGGGCGUCUACACCUGCGCCGCGUGCGAUGCGCCCCUCUACAAGGCCGCCACCAAGUUCAACUCCGGCUGCGGCUGGCCGGCGUACUUUGACAGCAUCCCCGGCGCCGUGACUCGGCAUGAGGACCGAAGCUUUGGCAGCGUCAGGACGGAGAUUGUGUGCUCCAACUGUGGCGGUCAUCUGGGUCACGUCUUCAAGGGAGAGGGGUUCCCCACGCCUACUGAUGAGAGGCAUUGUGUGAACAGCAUCAGCUUGAAAUUUUCGCCCGAGGACAAGGUUGUGGAGAAGAGCAGCAAGGCAUGAUGGAUGU